AAAAUCUUUAAAAACGGCACGAUCGCGACGCCGUCGUCGCACUCAGUUUCUCACUGUUGCAUCGUGAAGAUCACCAUCGUCGUCGUCGUCGUUGUCAUUGGAUUGUUCGAGUCUCACCACCCCCAUCAUCUUCCACCGGACAACUUCCUUCCAGGCUGCAGAGUGGUGUUAAAAUGGGCAAAACACCCGCUAUUGGAAUCGAUCUUGGAACGACCUACAGCUGUGUCGGAGUCUGGCAGCAUGGUAAGGUGGAAAUUAUUGCCAACGAUCAGGGCAAUCGGACCACUCCUUCGUACGUCGCCUUCAACGACACCGAGCGGCUGAUCGGCGAUGCCGCCAAGAAUCAGGUGGCAAUGAAUCCGAAAAACACGGUGUUUGAUGCCAAACGGCUGAUCGGUCGUCGCUACGAUGAUUCGAAAAUCCAGGAUGACAUGAAGCACUGGCCAUUUACGGUGGUCAAUGACUGCGGCAAGCCGAAGAUCCAGGUCGAAUUCAAGGGCGAAACGAAACGGUUCGCCCCGGAGGAGGUUAGUUCGAUGGUUCUGACCAAGAUGCGUGAGGUUGCCGAAGUCUAUCUGGGUGGAAAGGUGACCGAUGCGGUUAUUACCGUUCCAGCCUACUUCAACGACUCGCAACGGCAGGCUACCAAGGAUGCCGGAGCGAUCGCCGGUUUGAAUGUGAUGAGAAUAAUCAACGAACCGACGGCUGCUGCUUUGGCAUACGGGUUGGAUAAGAAUUUGAAGGGCGAAAAGAACGUACUGAUCUUCGAUCUCGGAGGUGGAACCUUCGACGUAUCGAUUCUUACUAUAGACGAAGGAUCACUGUUCGAGGUGAAAUCAACCGCUGGCGAUACUCACCUAGGUGGGGAGGACUUUGACAACCGUCUGGUCAACCACUUUGCGGAGGAGUUCAAGCGUAAGCACAAGAAGGAUAUGAGUGGAAAUAUUCGUGCCCUGCGCAGACUUCGUACCGCCUGCGAACGUGCAAAGCGAACUUUGUCGUCCAGCACUGAGGCUUCGUUGGAGAUUGAUGCCCUACAUGAGGGUAUCGACUACUAUUCGAAGAUCACGCGAGCUCGCUUCGAAGAACUGUGCAUGGAUUUGUUCCGCUCGACUCUUGCUCCGGUUGAGCGGGCUCUUGGAGAUGCAAAGCUCGAUAAAGCAUCCAUCCAUGAUGUUGUUCUGGUUGGCGGUUCUAUUCGAAUCCCAAAAAUUCAAAAGAUGCUGCAGGACUUCUUCUGUGGUAAAGCAUUGAACUUAUCGAUCAAUCCGGACGAGGCGGUCGCCUACGGAGCAGCGGUACAAGCAGCAAUUCUCAGCGGUGACGGAAGCUCCCAGAUUCAGGACGUUCUGCUUGUCGAUGUAACUCCGCUUUCGCUUGGUAUCGAAACAGCCGGCGGAGUUAUGACCAAGAUUAUCGAACGUAACUCUAGGAUCCCGUGUAAGCAGCAGCAGACUUUUACGACCUACAGCGAUAAUCAGAACGCGGUUUCGAUCCAGGUGUUUGAAGGAGAGCGCGCUAUGACGAAGGAUAAUAAUCUGUUAGGAACGUUUAAUCUGACCGGAAUUCCACCGGCCCCACGAGGUGUCCCGAAGAUCGAGGUGACUUUCGAUCUGAACGCCGAUGGAAUUUUGAACGUUUCGGCAAAGGAUAACAGUACCGGAAAAUCGGAAAAGAUCACUAUCAAAAAUGAUAAGGGACGCCUAUCGAAGGCGGAUAUCGAUCGGAUGCUUUCCGAGGCGGAGAAGUAUCACGAGGAAGAUGAGCGUCAGAAGGAGAAGGUUACCGCACGGAACCAGCUCGAGGGGUACAUUUUUAACUGUAAGCAGGCAGUGGAAGAUGCACCGGCCGGGAAGCUUACGGACGCCGACAAGCAGACCGUUAAGGACAAGUGUAGCACGGAAAUGGCCUGGCUGGAUGCGAACACACUGGCCGAGAAGGACGAAUUUGAGCAUCAUCUGAAGGAAUGCCAGCGGGUUUGUGGCCCAAUCAUGGCCAAGAUGCAUCAGGCCGGGGGUAGCGGAGAAGGAGGCACUACCGGGGGCAAAGGACCGACCGUAGAGGAGGUGGACUAAAGAGCACAUAAUCCGACAUAACCUAAAUAUUUUUUAAAAUUAUAUGUGACAUAGCUACUAACAAAUUUGUUGCCGCUUUUGGUUCGAACUUGCUUUUUAUUUAUGCAUUUAUAAUGGGAUAUUAUUGCGGAAUAAACGGGCUGA